AUGUCCGUACGCCAGGUUAGACCCGCACGACCGGCAGAAAUCUCCACUUCAUCCGAUGACUCUCCGAGCGAACAACGGUUGAGCCAAGUUGAGACCGAAAUCCGGCGUAUGAAGGAGAUGUGGGCCACUCAAUCCGCGACAAGCCGCCAAACCCAAAACAACAUAGAAGAAUUAGGUCAGACCGUACCAAAGAAAGCCGACGAAGACGACCUAGAAGCACUCACCGAAAGAGUCCACCAGCUAGAGCAAAAACUACUCGAGUAUAACGAGUUCGAGAAGAAACUAGAAACGAUCACAGGCCUGAUAGACGCCAUAAACGUCAGGAGUAACGACGCGUUGCAGUUAGCGGCCGAAAUCAUAGACCGGGCCAACCAAGCUACCUCGUGGGAAAUUCACAUCCCGAGGAUAGUAGACAGCGUUAAAGAAGAUCUCAAGGAGAUUAUCAACCAAGCGAAAGAAAGCCUCAGAGAAAUACGGGACGACGACAGUCUUCCCGACUUGGAACCCAGCCCGAUCCGCCCGGCCGAACCCCUCCGUACUUCGUCAAGAGCCGAUAAUAACGGGGGCGCCAAAUCGGAACUACUAGAAGAAAGAGACCUCAUUCUUAAGGAACUUCGAGAAAGCAUUGAACUAAUGGACGCAGACCGAAUCAACCGGGAAAAAUACCUCGACAUCGCCGAAGCACUAUGGCUUGCCAUCAUCUCCAUCCACGAGAAACUAGCCCUGGUCUCUACAACUAAGGAUAGAGCGAAAGACCGCCAAAUAGAGGACAACUUCCGUGAAAAAAUGAGGAGGAUGCGGGAAAGAAACAAGAAGUUCGAAACCCAGCCCUCGGUCGCAGCAAGAGCCGCGCUACCUCUACCCAUCUUCGGCGGAGAAAUCACCGCCUGGAAAGGAUGGAGAACCAUAUGGGCGACCUACGACCUCGACCCCCGGCUAUCAGAAGUAGAAAAGUUCCAAUACCUCCGCCUCAGCCUAAAAGGAAAAGCCGCCGAACUCGUCGCCCAUUUACCCUUCGACGACAACCAAUACCGGGCGGCUAUGGAGAGAUUAGAAUCUCGUUUCGGGGACCCUGAGAAACUCAAGACCCACUAUAUCAACGAGCUACGACUCCUCGUAGCAACACGUUUGGGAGAAUCCGCCACAACCGAGCAGCUCCAAUCACUACUCGACGGGCUUAACAACGCCAAGCUAGCGCUGAUAAGCCUCAAGAUAGACAUGGAGAGCUACGGAGCUUAUAUAUCGGGAGAUGUCCUGAAAACCCUACCACGAUCACUCACCUCUAGAUGGCUUAGAGAAAAGUGGUCAGACAGAGAAGAACCCUCGCUGGAUAUGAUCCUAAAGGAACUCAGCUUGGAAAUCCGAUUACGAGAGAGAGAAGAAACUACGGCUAGACGACCAGAAUCACCGGCCCUUCCACGGGGGGAGACCCAGGAUCGAUCUACCCGUACAUUAUGCUUCUUUUGCCAGCAAAAUCACACUCAUCACCGGUGCACCAUGAACACCCCACAGGCCAGACGAGACAUGUGCGAGCGAGAUAACCGCUGCUUUAAAUGCCUAGGACGUUCACACCGGACAGAACACUGCAUGGCACGAGUACCAUGCAGAAACUGCAACAGCCUGGAUCACAGCCCGGCGCUGUGCUUGGUCAGGCAAAGAUCCACCAAUAAUCCAUUCCGAAGUCAAUCACCCCAACGAUCGACCGGGAGAACGGUCACGAUUGACACCAACAUCAACGUGGCUCAAACAUCAACAAGCCUUCCCACCUUCACGGCCUAUAUUAAGGGAAGAGAGGGAGACAACAUCCCUGUCUUAGGACUGAUCGACUCCGGCAGUCAACGAACCUUCAUCAAUCGCGGAAUCGCCAGAAGAGCAGACCGCACGAAUGAAGAGACCGAGGAGAUUAGAAUCAACACCUUCGGGCUAACCCAAGCCCGAACGGAAAUAACGACAUCCUGCGACAUUUGGUUGAUCUCCCAGACAGGCAACGAGUUAAAACUACGGGCAACCGAGAUGGAGUUUCUCGCUAAAGCCACCCCAAGGAUUCCCUCCACGGCGGCGCAACUAGUGUCUCAGCGACAAGAAAACCUCGCCGAUGACAGAGAAGACCUAGACGACAGCAAAAAGGAGUUCGACAUAAUCAUCGGGUGUGACUAUUAUUGGCACAUCCUGACCCACGAAACGCUGCAAGGGUCCGAUGAAUCAGUAGCUUGUGCCAGCAAACUUGGAUGGAUUAUCUUCGGAGCACCCAGCGAGGCCACCCACGUAUCCACCCUAACGGCGCCAACUAACAGCAGCAGAUCAGUCAUGGACUUCAAGGAAUUUUGGAGCCUCGAGCAUAUGGGGAUAACGGCACAAGAAGCCGAUGAACCCGGUUUCUUAGAGACCUACCAGCGCUCCAUUAAACGCGACGAAGACGGCCGAUAUGAAAUCCUCUUCCCGUUUAAAGACAACAGGAAGACCAUGGAGACCAACAAAGAGGUAGCGCUGGCACAUCUCAACAGCCUGUUAAACCGGAUGAAAGGAGACGAUCGCCGAGCAUACCACGAGAUCUUCCAACAAUAUAUUGAGAGAGGAUACAUUGAAGAAGCAGACGGGACAUACACCGGCAUCUGCACCUACUUACCACACAGACCGGUCAUCAAGCAAGAGGCCACAUCAACCAAAAUUAGGCCUGUGUUUGACGGCUCAGCACACCUUCAAGAAGAAAAUGGCCAAGACUUCCCAAACCUGGUCCAACAACUACGAGAACAAGUCUACGUAGACGACUGGCUGGGAGGAGCUGACAAUGUCCCACAAGCGGCGCAACUCAUCUCGCAAGCACGAAAAUUAUUCACCACGGCGAAAAUGGAACUACGCAAGUGGACGACCAACAGCCGCGAAUUGAGAGACGAGCUACCGGACUUAGACUUCCAGAACGAGCCGAUAAACAUGGGCCAAGACCCAAGCGAUACCAUCAAGGCCCUUGGGGUAGCAUGGGAUCCCUCAACCGACACCUUUCGGUUCAAUGCCCGAAGGAUAUUAGAAGAAGCCGACAAACUAGACAAGCGACCGUCCAAACGGAGACUAUUCAGUCUAGCCUUAAAAGUCUUCGACCCCAUGGGAUUGAUCUCCCCAGUAACCGUUAUAGCAAAGGUUAUUAUGCAGAAGAUAUGGAUCGAGAAAACUGGAUGGGACGAGCCCGUACCAGCCAAGAUCAUGCCGCAUUGGGAGACCUUUAUCAAAGGGCUAUCCGACUUGACAGACACGAAAAUAGAUAGAUGGAUCGGACCAGAAAUCCAAGACCUUCAUCUGUUUUGCGACGCCAGCGACGACGCGUACAGCGUCGCGGCAUAUCUUCAAAAUGGAAACCAGACACGACUUCUCUGCAGCAAGACAAGGAUCGCACCAGAUCCCAAGAAAUCUGUAUCGACCCCCAGAUUAGAGCUUCUAAGCAACGUACUCGCGGCCCGGCUUGGCCGAUACAUCGAGACCGCGUUCGCAACAGACCUCCAGAAAACCUUAUGGACCGAUUCUUCGAUCGCCUACUGGUGGAUUAAAGGAGAGUCGGGCCGUUGGAAACAAUUUGUUCACAACCGAGUCGCAGAGAUUCGGGUGAACAUCCCCGCCGACGCAGUACGCCACUGUCCGGGGCUACAAAAUCCCGCAGACAUCGCAUUACGGGAGCAUCAGUCAGUACUCUCAACCACAUGGAAGAAUGGUGGGUUGGCCCGCCAUGGUUAA